CGCCCGCCGGUGGGCGCUGUCCGGGCUGCCAGGGCGGCGCGCGCACCGACAGACGGACGCACCGACGGAGCGGCGGCCGGUCGGACAGACGGGUCAGCGCAGGGAGCGGGGACGUGGCGGGACAGUGACAUGGCCGGCCAUACGCAGCAGCCGAGCAGGCGCGGGAACCCCGGCCCUGCGCCUUCGCCCUCCUCCGGCCCUGGCCCCGGCCCCGGCGCCUCGGAGCGGGUGGCGCUCAAGAAGGAGAUCGGGCUGGUGAGCGCCUGCACCAUCAUCAUCGGGAACAUCAUCGGCUCGGGCAUCUUCAUCUCCCCCAAGGGAGUCCUGGAACACUCAGGCUCUGUGGGUCUGGCCCUCUUCGUCUGGGUCCUGGGUGGGGGCGUCACUGCCCUGGGCUCCCUCUGCUACGCGGAGCUGGGAGUCGCCAUCCCCAAGUCUGGCGGGGACUACGCCUAUGUCACCGAGAUCUUCGGGGGCCUGGCUGGCUUCCUGCUGCUCUGGAGCGCCGUCCUCAUCAUGUACCCCACCAGCCUGGCCGUCAUCUCCAUGACCUUCUCGAACUACGUGCUCCAGCCCGUGUUCCCCAACUGCAUCCCCCCGGCCGCUGCCUCCCGCGCACUCUCCAUGGCCUGCCUGAUGCUUCUGACGUGGGUGAAUAGCUCCAGCGUGCGCUGGGCCACGCGCAUCCAGGACAUCUUCACUGGCGGGAAGCUGCUGGCCCUGUCACUCAUCAUUGGCGUGGGCUUUCUUCAGAUCCUCCAAGGACACUUUGAGGAGCUGAGGCCCAGCAAUGCCUUCGACUUCUGGAUGACACCCUCCGUGGGUCACCUGGCCCUGGCCUUCCUCCAGGGCUCCUUUGCCUUCAGCGGAUGGAACUUCCUCAACUAUGUCACUGAGGAGCUGGUUGACCCUCGAAAGAACCUACCUCGCGCCAUCUUCAUCUCCAUCCCGCUGGUGACCUUUGUGUACGCCUUCACCAACGUCGCCUACUUCACCGCCAUGUCCCCCCAGGAGCUGCUGGCCUCCAACGCAGUGGCCGUGACCUUCGGGGAGAAGCUCCUGGGCUACUUCUCUUGGGUCAUGCCCGUCUCCGUGGCACUUUCCACUUUUGGAGGGAUCAAUGGCUACCUGUUCACCUCCUCCAGACUGUGCUUCUCUGGAGCCCGAGAGGGGCAUCUGCCUAGCCUGCUGGCCAUGAUCCACGUCAGACACUGCACCCCUAUCCCUGCCCUCCUCGUCUGCUGCGGGGCCACGGCGGUCAUCAUGCUCGUGGGAGACACAUACACGCUCAUCAACUACGUGUCCUUCAUCAACUACCUCUGCUAUGGAGUCACCAUCCUGGGCCUGCUCGUGCUGCGCUGGAGGCGGCCGGCGCUCCACAGGCCCAUCAAGGUGAGCCUCCUCAUCCCGGCCACGUACUUGGUCUUUUGGGCAUUCCUGCUGGUCUUCAGCUUCAUCUCGGAGCCUGUGGUGUGUGGGGUCGGCAUCGCCAUCAUCCUCACGGGGGUGCCCAUUUUCUUCCUGGGAGUGUUCUGGAGACGCAAACCAAAGUGUGUGCACAGACUCACAGAGUCAAUGACACGCUGGGGCCAGGAGCUGUGUUUCGUGGUCUACCCCCAGGACGCCCCCGAGGAGGAGGAAAAUGGCCCCUGCCAGCCCUCUGCACUGCCCGCCACAGACAAACCCUUGAAGACACAAUGAGACAUUUGUGGAGCCUAAAGCAGCUGUUUCUGUUUACAUGUUGUUUAUUGAGGAGGUGUUUUUGCAAAAAAGUUUUUUUCUCCUGGAAAAAAAGAGAUCCAACUCUGAGGGGCCUGUGGUAAGGAAGCCCUGAAGAUGUGGACUGGGCCCCCUGUCAGCGCUGCCCUGCUAGCUUUUCCUGGAAAGGUCUGUGAAUAAAACAGGGCUGGAGGUGC